ACCACAAACACCCGAUGUUUCAACACCUACUUGGAAAAGUAUCCCACAAAGCCCUUGACUUGUUGCAUGGAGAGGCAAUUAGGAGGCUAGAUGUCUUGGAGCGCUUUAAUUCAUCAUGUGGUUGCCAAAUGUGGCACAGCUGUGGGUUGCCCUGUGCUUGUAGGAUAGAAAAGUACAUGCGUGAAGAGCGUCCGAUUCAACUCGAAGACAUAGACGUCUUCUGGCGGAAACUUAACUUCCAAAGUUGUAAAUUGAUAGACGACUCACUUGACGUGGUCGAAGAGCUAGAUGUUGUUAGACAACAAUUACAGUCGCACCCCCCAGCUCAGCAAAAAAGCCUGCUUUCAAAGAUUAAAGCGGUGUUGACUCCAACGAAAUCUACCAAGAAACCACCGGUUGUCCAACAAAAUACUCGUGGCCGACCAACAACAAAGCAGGUACAAGAAAGGUUGGACGAGGCCUCUCGUAUAGAUGAAGAAUUGAGGAGAAGCUCCUUCGGUGAUGCAAACACGUGCUUUGAAGGUUCACGACAAAGUAAGUACGAUAAACCUCGCCACAGCUCGUACGUUCCGUCUCAGGCCUCACAACAGUCGGUUAUAAGGUCCCAAAAACCCAAAGCGACCCUAAGCCGUUCAAAGAGUUCUAAGAAGAAAGAGACACGAGAUGAUCACGGUUUUCCUUUAAUCAUUGGGGACGAGUACGUGGGAAUCAUCGAACGGUUUAAGUCUGACAUUCCGCCAGUGUUCCAUCCGUACGUCUCGUGCAUACGAGAUGUGAUGCCGGACGGUCAUUGUGGGUUUCGGUCUGUGGCUGUGGGCUUAGGGAUGGAUCAGAGUUCAUGGGGGCUUAUUAGGAGGGACCUUGUCCAAGAAAUGGAUCAGAACGAAUCGAUCUGGUUCCCAAUAUUUGAAGCAUGGGCUGAUGGUUAUUUUCACACGCAUCGUCAGGGCCUAAUUUGGGAUUCAGUGGCCGGUUGUGGGGAGAAUCACUGGAUGGACUUCCCCUUUGCAGGACUUCUUAUUGCACAAACGUACGGUAUCGGGGUGCACCUGUUAACGACAACCAUGGGUGCGAGUUCCACUUACUUCCCAAUACUAAGUCCUCCGGCUAAUCAACAACCAUUAUUCAUAACGCUUACACAUGUUAACGAGAACCACUUCAUACAUGUUAAGCUAGAAGGGGAUUAUCCUAUGCCACCAGCACACGGGCUAUGGUUGACCCACCGAAGACCCCAUACAGAACAAUGGGAAGAUAUGUACUUGCCACGUCUAGAAUGGUAUACAUCGAUAAUGAAUCCUCGGCCAAGAUCAAACCCCAGUCUUAAUUACAUAGAUAGUUACACGGAAGAAUGA